CACAUUAAUUGUUGCAUUAAUCUCUAAUAGUACAAUCCCCAUUUAAGUAUCUUCUUAUAACUUCAGUAAUGUGGUCAUUGUCAAAUUUCAACUAUUUUUUAUCUAAGUUUAUACUGUAUAAAAUAUUAAAAAACAUGAUAAGAUUUGUAUUCUGCAUCAUUAAAUCAUAAAAUAAAGUCAAGAACCCAUUAUAGAUAUUACUCGAAGUAAAGCAUAACAUCUCGAGUACCGCUCCAUCAUUUAGUUUGCGACAGCUUGCUAAAUACAUUGUAGGUCUUCCUCACUGCUCUCUCGUCCGGUCUAAGGCACUCGUGUUCGAUAUGAUAUCGAAUUACCUCGGUGCUGAGGUACGGUGCGCACCACAGCGAAAACCGGUCCAGAUUGUUACCACGAUGAACAUCGUGUCCCAGUGCCGCGGUAUCACUGUGAGCAACAUGAAUCCCGAAGGUGCAACGUCGUGGAAAAACGGGAAUUCGGGGCUGUCAUUGCUCUUCGCCACGCUGUGUAUCGUUGAUAUUUUUGGCGUAUUCCCAAUAAUCGCGCUACCACGGUCGAUUGUCCAGUGCGGAUUGUACGGAAUUCCUUUGGUGCUCGUUGUCUUCGGUUUGCAAAUUUAUACGGCCAUUCUACUGGGGAGAUCAUGGAUCGUCGCGACUGCUCUGGAUCCACAGAUUUCACGAAAAAAUCGCUAUCCUCUCGCCGCUGUGACAGAAUUAACGAUGGGACAACGUGCAAAAUCUAUCAUCACUCUAAUUAUGAAUCUAACAGUGUUUGGUUGUGGCGUUCCGAAUUUGUUGGUUGCUUCGCAGAACUUGCACCUGUUCGGGCUUAAGAUAUCAGAACAGCGUUUUGAUCUUUCUUUUUGUUACUGGCUGCUAAUAGUCGGCUUUUUACUGUGUCCAUUAAUGUGGCUGGGCAGCCCACGAGACAUGAAAUGGGUCGCAACGUGUUCUAGUGUAAUGGUCAUUUUAACAGCAAUAUUAACGUGGUGGUGUAUUAUAACCGAUGAACGAACGUCCAAUGUCGUGCCAAUUGCCACUUCACCAAUGUGGGAUAAAUUUAUUUCUGGAUACGGUAUGCUGGCGUUUCAAUUCGACGUGCAUCCUACUUUAAUGACGAUACAGGUUGAUAUGCAUCGUCCUCGAGAUAUCGAUAAAGCCAUCUUCUUCUCAUUCAUGACAAGCGGAUCAUUAUUCACCGUUACCGCUUGCCUAGUCGUAUGGAAGUACGGUGGCAAUACGACUGCUAAUAUCCUUGAAGCUGUACCAUCCGGAUCGGUUGCGAAUAUCGCCAUUCUGCUAGCCGCUCUUCAGCUCUGCUUCUCCAGCGUGAUCGGCUACUCAGCACUCUUUCAACAUCUGGAGGACCAAUGGAACGUGCAGAAAACUUUCGGAUGGAAACGUUGCGCUAUGAGAUCGGCGGUGGUUUUCCUCAGUGUGGUAGUGGGUGAAUCGAUAUCGCGAUUCGACAUCGUCAUGGCUCUAAUUGGUGGAUCAUUAACUGGGUCAUUGGUCUUUAUUUUGCCACCUCUAAUAUACACUCGAGCACUAGCUUUGAAGAAACAGUUGAAUCAUGUAGCGACCACUGAGAAACAAAUUUAUUCAAGUUCUCGCACAAAAUUCAACGGAGAAGAACAACACUUGUUGGACCCCGCAGCUCAUUCUCGUUCAAUUUACUAUGGUUACCAAAGUGCCACGAAUAAUCCUCGCAGCUACACGUAUCUUUACUUCGACGACUUGGACGACGAGACGAAUUCGAGCGAUUCUCAUGAAGGCAAACGCGAGGAAGAAGUCACUCAAAUUCCAAUGAUUAGAACUCGUCAGGAAGAUCAGUCGUUACUCAUUGACGCUGCGGAGCCAUCCAGAGGUCGAAUCAGGAAACAUACGAGUGAUCCGCAAGAAGAGGCUGCGGGAACAGUUGCAGAGAGAAGGGAGUUAUGGAAUCUGGAAAGGACGAUUAAUUACUUCGGCUGCUUCGUAGUAACAAUUGGUAUAGUAAUCACAUUAUCUUCGACAUACGUUAAUAUCUUGAAUACCAUACGUUACGUGAGUUUUACACCGCCGUGCAUUAUUAAUGCCACUAUGAGUUAAACCAUAGUUUAAUCUCUACCAAUUGUAGUAUUUGCAUUUUCGUCUAAUUUGUCAAGCGAAGAGGGUGAUAAUUUUUGAAAUAUCUCAGGAUUGGAUAUCUUGUGAGUGUAGGAACGUCAAGCGACACGGCGCAAUUUACUCUCACGUAUUUCAUUUUAAUCUAAAAAUUACAAUCGUUUCUAUUCAAAUAUAUCUAUUUGCGGAUAGAUCUAACUAAUCUCAAAGCAUAUUUCCUUUUAGUACUAUAGUUCCAUAUUCAUUUGUCUUUGAAAUCGGUUUGUAAAGAGCCUGUCUGCUGGAACGAUAAUACAUGUACAUCGUCUAAUCUUCUUAUUUGGUCUAAUCGUUAUAAAAUCACAGAUAUGUCCAUGAAACGCAUGUACAAUCCACACAUUAAUGACACCGACGCAAUGAAAAGUGGCAGAAAUGAACAUGUCGAUCAGCAGUUUAGCUGUUUGAAAAAAUAACUGGGAAGUUCUUUCCUCUUCAUAUCCUUUCUUUGAAAAAUAAAAACAAAAACACACGUUA